AAUAAACAUAAAUAUGGCAGGGAAAGGAGAACUCCUAGAACCCGAAAUGAAAAAUGUGCAAUGCUCUGAAAUAGAUGAAUUGAGAGUCGAGUCUACUGAGUGAAGCCUCGCCGAACAAGUCAAUGACGAUAGCAGCAGGGAUCGGGUACGCCUUGCUAGCGCUAGGCCCGUCUCUCUCCCUCUUCGUCUCUGUUAUCUCCAAAAAACCCUUCUUGGUUCUCACCGUACUUUCAAGCACAUUGUUAUGGCUCACAAGUCUCAUCGUGCUGUCGGGAAUAUGGAGGGCAUUUCUGCCUCUCAAAUCAUCAACAUGGUGGCCCUAUAGCAUUCUCAUAUUCACAUCGGUUGCGUUUCAAGAAGGGCUUCGGGUUCUUUUCUGGAAGGUCUACAAGAGGUUGGAAGAUACAUUGGAUGCUUUUGCUGAUAGGGUCUCUAAACCACGCCUAUAUCUGACUGAUAAGAUGCAAAUUGCUCUGGCUGGAGGUUUGGGUCAUGGUGUGGCACAUGCUGUGUUUUUCUGUAUCAGCCUCUUAACACCAGCAUUUGGUCCAGGAACUUUUUUCGUUGACAGAUGCUCGAAGAUUCCGUUUUUUCUUCUUUCUGCACUCAUUGCCCUUGCAUUUGUCACAAUUCAUACUUUUUCUAUGGUCAUUGCAUUCAAUGGAUAUGCAGAAGGGAACAAGGUGGACCAGUUUUUUGUUCCUAUUGUUCAUCUUGUUGCAGGGAUGGUGGUAAUUUUUAAUAUUAGUUUUUCAGAAAUUAUUGCUAGAAUAGCCACAUUGACUUUUUGCCUUCAAAUUUUGUACUUCAUCGCAAUAUUGACCUUAUUGCAUUGCGGGAAGAUGGUGUGGGGAAGGUUAACAGAGAACCGAGGCAGACAGGGUUCUAUGUAGAAUCCAGUGACUUGUGUUACUUGUUUCUAAUUACUGAUGUCCAGUUCCCUCGCCCUGUAUCUUUUUUUGGCAAUUCCAUUGCCCUGUGGUCUGUUAGUCCAAAAGAUCAAGAGCUUAUGCAGCCUGAAGAAAUGUUUGUUUUCGUUAUGAGGCCAAUUCAUUUCCAGCAAAGGACAAGAUGUUCUGUCCUGAUUCUCAGGGAUAGAUGUUAUACCUUGUGUCAAACUGACAAAGGACUUUAGGAGGCAAACUCUAUGUACCUUUCAGGUUCCUAUAAGGGUUUUAGCUUUCACAGAGACCCCAUAGAAGCAUUAUUAAGAAGAAGGAAGUUUCGUGUAUCGUACAUUGUUGCCCUUGAAAGAACCUUUUAAUAUAUAGAUACGACAAGGACCAUGGUUUUUGGUUCCUGGAAA